UUGUCACCUAAUUUAGCGUUAACGUUUUUGUUCUUAUCGCUAAUUACAUAAUUAACAAAUUAACAUUGACUUAUAAUUCCAGAUUAUCACAAAUCACAAGCAUGACUCAAAACAACAACACUUGACUUCACAACUGGUUUUUCCCUCGCACGAGAAUUGAAGAAAAUAAGAAGAAGAAACACUAAACAAAAAAGUAUGGUGGAAUUGGAGAUUGUGUGGUUGGUUAGAGGCGCUUGGAUCACUGUUUGGAUCGUCUCUAUACUUCCUUUGGUGAUUGCUUCGAUACCCACUUCAAAGCUCAACUCUUUUCGUGAACUCGUUUUGAGUUUCGCUGGUAGAGGCAAGAUUCUUCACCCUUCUUCUCAGAAGUUUACAAUUCCUCAGAAAUGCUUUGCACACUUUUAUGUUAUUGGAGUGGUGUGGACAACUCUCCUGCUUGCUGCAACUUGGAUGUAUGCUUGCAAAAUGGCGCCUUUAUCUUCUGAGGAGUUCCAGUUAUCCGACAUUGCAAGCCGUUUAGCCGGAGGUUCAGAUGUUUUCUCCGUUCAUAAAUCUAAUAUGACUCCUGUCGAGCAUCGGUUUAAAGUGUGGCGAGCGGUGUUUCUACUUCUUCUGAUGGAGAUCCAUGUCUUGAGACGGCUUAUAGAGUCAUUCUAUGUUUUCAAAUAUAGCCCUUCUGCUCGGAUGCACAUUCUCGGUUAUUUCGCAGGAUUGUUUUUCUAUGUAACAGCUCCUUUGUCACUCUGCUCCAAUAUAGCUCCAGAGGUAGCAGGAUUCGUAGGAAAUCAAGUGGCUGAGUUCAUUGCUAAUGGGAAAAGCCAUACUUCAGCACCUGAAUUUAACUUGUUAUCAUCUAUAAGUCCUUUGAUGAAGCUUGGAUCACUCCAGUGGAUUGGUGGAGCCAUUUUUCUUUGGGGAUGGAUACAUCAGCGCCGCUGUCACGCCAUUCUUGUAAGUUUAACAAAUAGUUUUUGCUCGUUGUUUCUGUCUUUUGAUCAUGUGGAAUACAAAACGUUAUUGCAGGGAUCGCUCCGGGAAAAUCCGAGCCAAGCGAAAGAGUACAUUAUUCCGUAUGGAGAUUGGUUUGGGAUGGUGUCUUCUCCACAUUUCUUGGCAGAAAUUGUUUUGUAUGCGGGUUUACUGAUUGCGAGUGGAGGAACAGAUAUAACCAUCUGGUUACUCUUUGGUUUUGUGGCUGCUAAUCUGACAUACGCGGCUGGAGAAACGCACCGUUGGUAUCUCCGGAAGUUUGAGAAUUAUCCGGCUAAUCGGCAUGCCAUUUUCCCUUAUGUCUACUAAAUGGUUAAGAGAUACAAUGGUUGUCUUCUGUAAAUGCUGAAUUCUGAACAUCGAAGAUUUGUGGUGCUUUGUUAUGUUUUAAUUUAGCUAUGCUUCUCAGUUCUCAUCUUCUUUAUACUGGUGCUUUUUUCGUUUCAAGAAUGUAUUUUACACAAACAAAGAGUGUGACUUUGGCAUUUAGCUGUCUUUUACAGUGGCAUGAGUUCGACUCGUUUACUUGGCCAGUUGAUAAUACCUCCUAAGUUUUUUUGUUUUUUUUGGGUUCAAUUUUCCUUGUAUUCCCGAAAUGUUGUUAAUAUAACUAUUUGACUACGAUUUGGAAUGAAAAAUGUUGGUUUUAGUAAA